GUGGGGAGCCGACUCGGGAUGUGGGGAGGCGCUCCCGACGGACAUCCGAGAUCUGGAAUCAUGUUACUUGCCUGUAUCCCUGAGCAUUUGCCUGCCUGCUACCAUGAUAUUAGACUGAGUACAUACCACUCUAACCUCCUAGUUAGCCAGUGACACAGAUUAUAGACAAAAACCGCCAUCAUGGGCUUAACACCGGUGCACUUUUUCUCUCAUGGCUCGACCAUGAUGCUCGGCGAGAAGUCUGAGUCUGCCGAUUACUGGAGGCAAUGCGGAGACGAGGCAUUGGCGAGAAACAUCAAGGGUGUCGUUAUCAUGGUCAGCACCACCCUCGCCAUCUCUCAUCCUUAUUUUCAACAAGAUCCAAUCCAAAUAGACAGACCAAACUGAUACUAGAACAGGGAGCCCACUGGGACUGCCUCGGCGACAAAAUCGAAGUCGCAACAAACCCCAAUCCCGACAAAAGCCCCGUCGCAUACGUCCACCCAGACAAAUACAUCAACUAUAAACUCAACCCCGACCUCGCAACCGCCGAACGAUGCAUCUCCCUUCUCGCCAACGAAGGCUUCAAUGUCUCCGCAAACCCAACUUUCGACUGGAUUCACGACGUCUACCUCAUUCUCAUCCACAUGUUCCCGGCCGGCUGCCCACCCACAACCAUCGUCUCGAUGAACGCCCGCUACGACCCCCAUUACCACAUGAAAGUCGGGUCGACGCUGCGUUCCCUCCGUCGCGAGAACUACCUACUCAUCGGCACCGGCGGGGCAGUGCACAACCUGUACCGGAACCGAUGGGCGCCGAUGAUGCGGUUCCGCGACAAUUUCGCGAUGGAGACCCCACCGGAGGAGUGGGCGUUGGAGUUUCGCCAGGCCGUCGAGGACGUGAUUACCAAGACCUCGGGGCCGCAGCUGCGUAGGGCCAUGACGAGACUGAUGAAACAUCCGCGAUUCCGGGAUGCGCACGCCACGGAUGAUCAUUUCAUGGCGGCGAUGUUUGUGGCGGGCGCGGUGGGCGACUUCGAUGAUGUGGGCACCGCUGCGGUCAUGCCGGCGGAGAGUUGGGAGUUGACGAAUAUGUGUAAUUCGCAGUUUACGUUUGGAGGUUGGGAUCGGGGGGUUGCUGCUGCUUAG